AGGAGGAGGAGGAGAGAGGGAGCUGAUGUGAGCAGACAGAAACACUUUCUCUGUGUCGAGCAGCAGGAAACAUGGAAAUACCAACCCAGGAGCUGGGCUUUUAUUCUGAAAUUUUAUAAGCAAAUCUCUGCAGUUAAACUGAAGCUCUACAGAAACAAAUUUAUUUUUUCUAUUCUUUUAUUUUUGUGUUGCACAACAACUCAGAGCGAUGGCAUUUAACACGCAGACGCUGAUGCUGCUGAUCCUCUGGGUCGUCAUGGCGAUGAUGGUGGAGGGAGCGCGGGUGCUGAGCGGUCAGACGGUGUGUUCAGGUGGCCCGGGACGUCCCUGCUAUAAAAUUGCGUAUUUCCAUGACGUGUCGAGUCGUGUUGCGUUCAGGGAGGCGUGUCGAGCCUGUGAGAUGGACGGAGGGUCGCUGCUCAGCAUCGAGAGCCCGACCGAGCAGACAGACAUCGAGAACCUGCUGCAGGAGCUGCGUUCAGGAGCAGUGGGUGGAGCAGGAGGAGGUGCAGGAGGAGGAGGGAUAGCCGACGGGGACUUCUGGAUUGGUCUGACUCGGGCGGACGGAGUGGAUCAGGCUCAUCCUGAGCUCAGCAACACCUUCACUUCCUGUCCGCAGCUCUACCAGUGGACUGACGGAAGCCCCGCCUCCUUCAGGAACUGGUAUUUCGACGAGCCGUCCUGUGGGGGAGAGGCCUGCGUCGUCAUGUACCAUCAGCCCACUGCACUUCCUGGUCUGGGCGGGGCUUAUCUCUACCAAUGGAACGACGACCGCUGCAACAUGAAACACAACUUCAUCUGUAAAUACAAACCAGAGAAUCAUGGUGUGACGGGUCACACACCUGGAGGGCGGAGCACAGAGGCGACGGCUGGAGGGGGCGUGGUCAAACACACGACGACCAGCGGGGAGGUCGGCCCUGAGGUCACCACGGCUGGAGCCUCAGGCAUGUUACUGGUCUACGUGAUCAUUCCCACAAUCCCCCUGUUGCUGCUCAUCCUGGUGGCUUCUGGGACAUGUUGUUUUCAGAUGCUCAGUAGAAGUAACGCCCGCACAAAGACGGCCACCGACCAAUCAAACCUGUGGAUCUCCAGGACACCCAAACCUGACAGCAUGGAGAUCUGA